CGACUAUGGCUAAAGUUCUAUUACUCACAGAUGUAUGUAGAUCUAAAAUGUUGUUCUCCUGGUUUGAGUUGAACAAUUACUUUGGUCUCUCCAUCUUUCUUUGAUUUUGUUAUCUCCUGUCAACACUUAUUGAGAAUUGUCCUUAAUAUACUUCACUUAGUUUAAGUCCUUGCCCUUAUUUUCUUUUAGUCGUGCUAGUUUAAACAAUUACUCCUCCACUUUUUAUAUUUCUAGCUUUUGAUACGAGCCAUCUAAAGCUUCCCCUAGAGUUUUACUAAUAACCUUUUGCUAGAUUUUCAAUUUCUUUAAAUUCUUUUUAUCUCGAAGGAAUUGAAAUUAUUUUUAAUGAAAAACUGCUGAUUAUUUCGUAUCUUCUUGUCUUCAAUGACGGAUUCAAUGAUAUUAUUGGACAAAGCAAAAUUUUAUACCAUUCUAUUGUGAUAUUCACCGUAAAAAUAGACAUGAAUUUAGUUUUAUCAUGAAAAGGUUUUUCAUAAAUUUUUGAAUUGAAUUUGACAAGAUGCAAUGAAAGAUUUGUUUUUAAUUGCUGAAAUUAGUGACUAUUCAUGUGAAGAGGUGGUGCAAUAGGGAAAUUAUAUUGGUGGUUAAUAAUAAUAAAAAAAUUCUUCGCCAGGAAUUUGUUAAAAGUAAGGAAGAAAAAGUAAAAUAAAAGAAAUGAAAAAGGGCCAAAAUUGCCCCUGUACUUUUUGUCGAGGAACCCAUUUGCCCUCCAUUAACAGUUGAGCUGUUUUAAAAAAACUGAAAACAGUAAGUAUUGAAGACAGAAGCAGCAGCUUCAAGAAUAAUAAAAUUGAGGAAAAUAUGAGGUUUGAAAAGUUUGAAAUCCAGAAAGAGAAGCUGUUUAGUCCCACUAAGUACUUUGUUGAAGAAGCUGUCAAUAGCUUUGAUGAGUCUGACCUCCACAGAACUUGGAUCAAGGUAGUGGCAACAAGGAAUUCUCGUGAGAGGAAUAAUAGGCUCGAGAAUAUGUGCUGGCGCAUUUGGUAUCUUACCCGCAAGAAGAAACAAAUAGCCUGGGAUGAUGCACAAACACUAAUAAAACGGCGACUUGAACUAGAGAAAGGUCGUUUUGAUGCAGCAGAAGAUCUUUCUGAACUUUCAGAAGGUGAGAAGGAGAAAGGAGAUAAAAUACCAUCAGAUCAUUCUAACCAUGCCAUAUCAAGGAUUAACUCGGAUACACAGAUUAUAACAACCAAACAUACUAUCAAACAUUGGUCAAACAAGGUUUAUGCUAUGUUUACUGUUUAUUGUAGUACCCAUGGGUUGGUGCGUGGAGAAAACAUGGAACUCGGACGAGAUUCUGACACCGGUGGUCAGGUGAAGCACGUAGUUGAGCUUGCUCGAGCAUUUGCAAACAUGAAAGGAGUUCAUCGAGUUGAUCUCCUGACUCGGCAGAUCACAUCCUCAGAGGUUGACUCUAGCUAUGGUGAGCCAAUUGAGAUGCUCUCAUGCCCAUCUGACGCUUUUGGCAGCAGUGGUGCCUACAUAAUUCGAAUCCCCUGCAGGCCACGUGACAAGUAUAUUCCAAAAGAAUCACUCUCUUACAUACCAUAAUUUGUUGAUGGGGCAUUAAGCCACAUUGUGAGUAUGGCAAGAGCUAUAGGGGAGCAAGUAAAUGCUGGAAAAGCAGUGUGGCCUUAUGUGAUUCAUGGGCAUUAUGCUGAUGCAGGAGAGGUAGCAGCCCGCUUGUCUGGAACCUUGAAGAAACUAAUAGGACACUCACUAGGAAGAAACAAGUUCGAGCAAUUGCUUAAACAGGGCAGACUCACCAAGGGGGACAUCAAUGCCACCUACAAGAUAAUGAGGAGAAUAGAAGCAGAAGAAUUGGGACUAGAUACCGCUGAAAUGGUGGUAACUAGCACAAGGCAAGAGAUUGACGAACAAUGGGGUUUGUAUGAUGGUUUUGAUAUUCAGCUAGAGAGGAAACUCAGAGUUAGGAGACGGAGAGGAGUGAGUUGCCUCGGGAGAUACAUGCCGAGGAUGGUGGUUAUACCACCGGGGAUGGACUUCAGCAAUGUGAACGCACAAGAUUCACUGGAAGGAGAUGGAGAUCUCAAGUCAUUGAUUGGCGCAGACAAAAGGCAAAAGAGACCUAUACCACAUAUAUGGUCCGAGAUCAUGCGAUUCUUCGUUAACCCUCACAAGCCUAUGAUACUUGCACUGUCACGUCCAGAUCCUAAGAAGAAUGUAACUACUUUGCUCAGGGCUUUUGGAGAAUGUCAAGCACUUCGAGAACUAGCCAACUUGACACUGAUCCUAGGUAACAGAGAUGACAUUGAUGGCAUGUCCAAUAUCAGCUCUGCAGUACUCACAACAGUAAUAAAGCUCAUUGAUAAGUACAAUUUGUAUGGCCAGGUGGCAUAUCCAAAGCAUCAUAAGCAACCAGAGGUUCCUGAUAUAUAUCGUCUGGCUGCAAAAACUAAGGGUGUGUUCAUCAAUCCAGCUCUUGUUGAGCCAUUUGGCCUGAUCUUAUUGAGGAAAAUCUUCUUUGUGCAGGCAGCUGCUUAUGGUUUGCCUAUAGUUGCUACCAAAAAUGGAGGGGCAGUAGAUAUACUCAAGGCACUAAACAAUGGGCUACUCAUUGAUCCCCGUGAUCAAAAAUCCAUAGCAGAUGCUCUUCUAAAGCUUGUUGCUGAAAAGAACCUACGGCUGGAUUGCCGUAAAAAUGGCCUAAACAAUAUCCACUGUUUCUCAUGGCCAGAGCACUGCCAGAAUUACCUCUCCCAUGUUCAACGCUGCAGAAAUCGCCACCCUGCCAAUCCUCUUGAGGUCAUGAAGCCAACUCCUGAAGAACCUAUGAGUGAAUCAUUAAGAGAUGUUGAAGACCUAUCUCUUAAAUUUUCCAUUGAUGUGGAUCUCAAGGCCAAUGGAGAGCUUGAUAUGGCAAAAAGGCAGCAGGAACUUGUAGACAUACUCUCACGGAAAGCUAAUUCAAUUAACAAGCCUAUUAUUAGCUACUGCCCUGGGAGAAGGCAGGUCCUAUAUGUACUGGCAAUUGACUGUUACAACAGCAAAGGAUCUCCAACUGAGACCUUAUCUCUAAUGGUCAAGAAUAUAAUGCAAGUUGCAGGAUCCAGGUCCAGCCAAAUAGGUCUAGUUUUUUUGACAGGGUUGAGUCUACAAGAGACUAAAGAAGCGCUAAAUAUGCCCAAAAAUUUAGAACAUUUUGAUGCAUUGAUUUGCAGCAGUGGAAGUGAAAUAUACUACCCAUGGAGGGACUUAGGACUAGAUGACGACUAUGAAGCCCACAUUGAGUACCGGUGGCCGGGUGAGAACAUUAAAUCAGCAGUGCUGAGACUUAGUAGAAUCGAAGAAGGUUCUGCGCAUGACAUUGCACAAUGCUCCAGUGCAUGUAGCUCUCGAUGCUACUCAUAUAGCAUCAAGCCAGGAACCGGAGUAAGGAAGGUUAAUGACCUUCGUCAGAGGCUACGCAUGAGAGGCUUCCGUUGCAACGUUGUCUACACACAUGCUGCAUCAAGGUUGAACGUGACACCAUUAUUUGCAUCGAGAUCCCAAGCACUUACGUAUCUCUCAGUUAGGUGGGGAGUUGCUCUUUCCAAUAUGGUUGUUUUUGUGGGGGAAAAGGGAGAUAUGGACUAUGACAGCCUGCUUGUGGGACUUCACAAGACUCUUAUUCGAAAACGAAGUGUGAAACAUGCCAGCGAGAAGCUUCUUCACAAUGAAGACAGCUUUAAAACAGAUGAUGUAGUGUCUCUAGAUAGUACAAACAUAUGUGCAGCUGAAGGAUAUGAACCCCAGGAUAUAUUUGCAGCCUUGGAGAAGUUAGGGGUCAUGUGAAGUCUCGGAUGAUGCUUUUAAUUUGCAACAUCACAUGUAAAACUUCAGUAAAAAAUAAGCAUUCAAGUAAAAGUUUGGGAAAAAGUUCGGGUUUCAAUCUUAUACUGUGUAAAAAUAUCAAGUCACAUAUACAAGUCAUAGCACAGCUAGAGUUCAAAACACACUGAACGAAUAU